CAACGAUCCAAAAGCAUUGUGAAUCAACGGCUCCCGUUGUGAUGCAUGGCUCCAGUCUUUGAGGCGCCGAUAUCCACGGCCAUGCGAGGAUCUUUUGGCCGUGAAGCAUGGAUUGCAGGUACCACUGGCUUGCUGCCAAGCCUUUUUGUGCUUGGGUGCCUCUGGCGAUAUAGAGGUGGAGAAGGCUGCUUAGAGGCAGUCAAGGUCUUCCUUGUGUUGGCGUUGGCUUUGAGCUUCCCAGUGACAUGCUUCAUGGCUGGCGACGAAGGUGGACUUAUUUGCAGCCUAAAUGCCGGCGCGUUGAACCCACUGGGUGGAAGUCCAGGGAUUCUCUCCACAGGCCUCGGAGUUUCUGGACAGCUCCAGUUGCAAACGCAUUUCGCAGUUUUGGCGCUGGCCUUUGCAUGGUGGUCUUCUGGGCGGCCUUUGCGACCAGGUGACUUGCCCAGCAGCCGAGAUGCCUUGCUUUGCCCAAAUGACUGGCAGUGAAAAGACGCGAAGCCGGAC